GAGCCAGAGCCAUAGAGAGAGAGAGGGGGCAGUCGAGUGUAGACAGAGCGGUAGGGUGCGGACAUACAUAGAAAAAAAGAUUCUCUUGGAAACAAGUCCAAGCUUCUCGCAAAUGAAUGACGUGAAUCUCAAUGUGACUCCGGAAUGAUCGACAUCACAAUGAGUCGGAAACGGGCUCAAUUCAAUAUCACCCACGAUGGACAUCCAUUCCACAUGGGUCGACCGGCAUUCCGGCUGAAUUCAUGGUCACUGGGUUGGGACAAAAUCAGUGCUGUAAGCAUCUUGUGCUCCAUUUUGGUGUGUGGAACCUGGGCACAAGAGCUCCAGGAACGGAAGGCCGCCAUUGUGGGGAAAUCCGCACAAUUCCAAUGCUCCGUGCAGAGCCAAUCUGGCGAAGCGGCCGAAGUCCAAUUGUGGUGGCAGAUCCAGAACGAAAAUAUCACCAAUUCCAACAAAUAUCAGAUAUCCGUGUCGAAGAAUUCGGAAGGAAAUGUUUCGUCAGAAUUGGAGAUUUAUCGCGUGGAUUGGGGUGAUGCUGGAGUGUACUCUUGUGUGGCUCGGGAAGUCCUUCACAUUCCCGGGAAAGCCCUGGAAGAACCCAGUAGACAGAACAUCCUUCUCGAUGUGUUUGCUCCUCCCAAGAUGGUGACCAAGAAUGAUACCAGAGCAAAAAAAGGUCAAAGCGCGGAGAUGUCUUGCUCAUUUAAGGCGAAACCCUUGCCGGUCAUCAAAUGGAUUCGGUAUGGGAACGAGAUCACGACCAAUCCCCCAAAGUACGAACUGACCACAGCCGAGGAGUCGGAUACUCAAUUGACCUCAUUCCUCAAGAUCAUCAAUUUGGAACAUUCGGAUAACGGAACAUUUUUAUGCCACGCGGAAAACGAAUAUGGAACAGACACAGUCAUCUUAGAGAAUUAUGUCUUGGACAAACCCACGGUGAAAAUUGAUUAUGUUAGAGCUGUAGAUCAAGACAAGCUCUACUUCAACUGGACCUUAGAGGAUUGGAAUUUACCAGUCAGUGACUACUUUCUAGCUUCUCGACAAAGCGGCGAGGAUUCGUGGGAGUUUUUCUUGUCCGAAAAAAUUCCAACUCAGGCCACCUCGUUUGUAAUGAAAAGUCUCGUUCCUAACGCUGCCUACCACAUCAAGCUUGGUGCCAAAAACUCCAUGGGAAUGGGCGAGUAUGACUUAUUCCACAAACCAGUCAAAACGUUGGACUUUGAUCCAGUGUUUGUUCCAACUGUUGGCGUCAAAGGUUUGACUUGGAACUCCAUUUCAAUUGGCUGGAACGCACCUGAUGAGGAACGACUCAGUGACCACAUUGACUACUACAAACUCAACAGGAAGACUGAUGAUCAAGAGCUGACCAUUUACCAUCCAUCCAAAGACUACCCGUUCUAUUUAUGGCGCAACUUGGAGCCGGCCAAGAACUAUUCUUUCACGGUGGCAGCCUGCAAUCAGUACACCCGCGAAUGCGGGAAAUCCUCCAACAGCGUGAGUGCUUCCACCGAAGAUGGUCUUUCAGGGCCUCCGGCCUUUGUCGAGUUAUUUUGCCAACACGACAACAUCUCGGGCAUGAAUUUUGUCGAGGUGAAGUGGAGGGAGCCCAAGCGUAAAUUCGGCAAGAUCGAGUUUUAUAACAUAAACCUCAGGGGAGUUGCAAACUAUUAUGACCAAGACGGAAAAUCUCAGGUGGAGCUGCUGGGACCAGAAGUGAAGACCGAGGAUGUGUCCAGCACUCGUACGCGUUUUGACUUUCUCAAGCCUAACACGAACUAUACGGUGGAAGUGUGUGCCGUGACCCGACGUAAAGAAUGCGGAGAGACUACGGCCACGAGUUGUAAGAUGCGGCAACUGCCUCCUCGUGCUGAACACUUGAAUCGGUUUCAAUGGUAUAGUGAGUUCCGGAGUGAUCAUCACGUGUUUCGCCUAAGAAUGCCUAGGAUGUCGGAGCGUAAUGGGAAGAUCUGUUGUUUGAGGGUGAUUGUUGUCAAGCUACGUGAAGGUCAAAGCUCUCACGAUUUACCUCAUCAAUCCGAGUUAAAGCUGAGGACGUAUCGGGAGGUCCAUCGGGCAUCCCACGACUAUGGGGCAUACAUUGCCGAGAUCUUGGGAUCCAACUUCAUGGGCAAAGACGUGUUUAUUGGUGACGGACAGAAUAUUCUUUCGGCCAACAUGGGAGGAUGCCCAGCUUGCCAAACUGGAGUGAGGGCCCAUCUACUUCAAGCUGCCAGACAAGCAGAAAGUAGACUACUAGGAAAAAGGUCGGCAGGAGCUGUUCUCCAACAAACAGAAUUAGUCGAAGAUGGUUUUCUGGACCCGGACGCCAAUUACACCGCAUUUGUUGAGCUAGUGAUUCCUGAAACUCAAGCCGUUGGCCGAAGCCCUUACAUGAGUCCAAGAAAGCCUGGCGAUCCGGUUUCAAUUGAAGCCGGAGAGAUCAAUGCCCUAUUGGUGGCAAUUCUAGGAAUCUUGGCCGGUCUGGUAUUUGUCGCUCUGGCGUUGCUCGUUGCCUUGGUUUUCUUACGAAGAUACUCGAAGAAAGUGGCAGCCACCCAAGGGGGUGUGGAGAUGAGCCUCCGCAGGUCCUUCCGUCAUUUGUACACAACAAUUAGAGGGCGCGAUCAUUCGCAGUAUCUCAUAACGCCGGAGGUUCCAAAGCCAGAGAUAGGUCCCAUUCACAAAAACGACCUUGUCUCCGCUUACUUAGAGCGUCACAAGGACUCGGAUUAUGGCUUCCAAUCUGAAUUCGAACAAUUACCGGAUCGGUUCCCAGACCGGACCACGGAGGUGUGUGAUAAUCCCCAGAAUCGACCCAAGAACAGAUACCCUGAUAUCAAAUGCUACGACCAAACUAGGGUCAAGAUUAGCCAAAUUGAGGACGUGGAUUUUUCAGACUAUAUCAAUGCCAAUUUCGUUCCCGGUUACAAAGACCGCAAACGUUGGAUCUGUGCUCAAGGUCCAUUGGAUCACACUGUGGCAGACUUUUGGCGAAUGGUCUAUGAGCAAGGAGUGGAUCUUAUAGUGAUGCUCACCAACUUAGAGGAAUACAACCGGGUUAAAUGCGCUCAAUAUUGGCCACAAGCUGGCGAUCAUAACUAUUGCACAAGACCAGUAAUCAUUAAUGUGGGAUUUUGCACCGAGACUCGUUAUUCGGAUUUCAUCGUCCGCGAGCUUCUCAUGACUGUUACCAAAGGUGAAAACGACAAGGAAACUCGAAAGGUGUACCAGUAUCAUUAUCUUCAGUGGAAAGACUUCAACGCCCCUGAGCACGCCCCUGGCAUGAUGAAAUUUUCCAAAAGAAUUAACGAGGCUUGGACAGGAAGCAGCCCUAUCGUGGUUCACUGUUCCGCAGGUGUGGGACGAUCCGGAACACUAAUAGCCAUAGACUCAUUGAUGCAACAGAUCGAGGACGAGAAUGAGGUCAAAAUCCAUCAACUCAUUUGCGACAUGCGACAUUCCAGAAACUACCUAGUGCAAUCAGCCAAACAAUACAUCUUUGUGUACCGCGCAAUCAUGGAGUUAGCUCAGUUUGGGGACACCGAAAUCAAGGCCUCAGAAAUGAAGGUCACGUGGCUGAAACUCAAGUCGGACCAAAAGAAAAUUGAUGAAGAAUUCGGUCGGCUUGCCAAUAUUGUGGAUGACCGAAAAGCUCUUUCCGUUGGAACUAAUGACGAAAACAAGCCCAAAAAUCAGUGUGAUUCGGUUAUCCCAUUCGAUCGAAACCGAGUGAUUCUCACACCCGAUGGACAAAGACCACAUUCCACCUACAUCAAUGCUUCCUUUAUCGAAGGCUACAACAAUGACGAAUCCUUCAUUAUAACACAAGAUCCAUUACCCUCAACUGCCGAAGAUUUUUGGCGAAUGGUCACCGAACACAAUAUCUCCACCAUGGUCAUGCUCACCGGGGACCAAUCGUGGCACUAUUGGGAAGAAAAUGAGGUCAAAUUUGGAGCCAUCCACGUCAAGCAAAUCAGCACCGACAAACUCCCUUCGUACAUCAAACGAGAGUUUCUCAUUCACAACACCAAGGUGAACGAGGAGGUCAGCCUGGUGCAUUUUAUGUACAGUGGAUGGAAAGGUCAAAAUGCAUCGGAUGUCCCCUCAGCCACACAUGGCUUUUUAGAUCUGGUGGAGCACGCUGCAGCACUUAAAUUUGAAUCAGGCCUUCCUGGGCCCAUCGCUGUUCAUUGCAAAUGUGGAUCGGAUAGAAGCUCCGUGUAUGUGGCGUUAAGCUGCCUUGUGCAACAAAUCAAAACCGAAGGUAGAGCGGAUAUCUUCACCGUGGUCAGAAAACUGAGAUCUCAACGUCAGGGCAUGGUCCAACAUGUGAACCAAUACAAGUUCAUCUAUCGGGCCAUAACCGAUUACGUUGAAUUGUAUCAAAGCAAGGACGAAGAGGAUGAAUACUCAGUUCCAGUCAACUCUGUCAACGGCCACGCCAAAUGACUCAUUUUACAUUAGUAUUUAUAACGAUUUAGUUAUGUUUUACACUAACCGCACAUACAUUCAUGCAAAUCUCUUCCCAAUGCAAAUGAAACCGAUGAUCGAUGUGUACCCACAUUCUCGAAUUGGUAUUCUGACCUGUACAGAUAUCGCCUGUCUCUCUUUGUUACUAGUCCUGCAACACGAAUAUUGAACUUGCACCUCGUUCAUCGUAUUUUGUACCUUUCUUGUCAUAAUAAACCAUUUAAAUCUCA